UUGGAAACUUAUCGUUGCGUUUCCUCCUUCAUCCACUCUCUGCUCUCUCUUUACUCUCUCUUCUCCACUCUUCACUUUCUUUUGCAUGCUCUCGAUGAUGUGUUAGCUGCUAUCCUUGAACAUUUCAACUCAACCCUCACGGCUUCGCCAAUGCGCAUUGAGCGCUUCGACGUCCAACAACAGAUCACGUCACCCCCAAGCUCCUACCACAACAACAAAGCCUUUAUGACCUUGCGGAACAAUGGCGACAAAGGUCAAGCUCAAUGGCUUCCAUGGGGUGCAUGCGGCUGGGAUUUACUCCGACAUGACCGUUGAUGGUCCCGAAAUUGGAACACUGGUGGUUAUUGUUGAUCGCGCAAAGAACCUGCCCAACAGGAAGACAAUUGGGAAGCAGGAUCCAUAUUGCGCUGCUAGGCUGGGCAAGGAAGCAAAAAAGACGGAAACCGAUCGCAGAGGAGGGCAAACCCCAAGAUGGGAUCAAGAGCUACGAUUCACAGUACACGACUCGCCGGAUUACUACCAGUUGAAGGUGUCGGUGUUUAACGAUGAUAAGAAAACCGAGAUAAUUGGAGAGACUUGGGUCAAUCUGCGCGAGGUCAUCGUCCCAGGCGGGGGACAGAAUGACCUGUGGCAUAACCUGAAUUGCAAAGGCAAAUACGCCGGGGAGAUCAGAAUCGAAAUCACGUACUACGACACUCGGCCAAAGCAGGAGAAGCCUGAAAAGGUAAAGCAGGCCAGUGCGAAUGCUAUGGAAGCUGGACAUAGGGAUAGUCUCAGGGGUCCCAGACAACCCAAACCUAGCAUCAAGCGGAGGCCUUUGCCAUCAGAUCCAGUUACUGGUGCUCCGCCACCUGAACCGGUCGAGCAGACACCACAGCGAUCCUAUCAACAACCUAAUUCAAUCCCUGAGCAGUCACCACAACGAUCCUAUCAGCAGUCUACCGCUAUCCCUGAGCAUGUCCAAACACCACCACGAGGAUACCAGCCGCCAGGCUACGGACCCAAUCAGUCUCCUCUACAGAGUAUAGAGUACAGCACACCACCACAACGUAUUCCUCAACCGCAGGGUUAUGGAAGUAAUCAGAACAUGAGUGGAUAUGGGACAUCUCCCGGAAUGCUUGGGGUCUCCCCAACUGCACAGGAAUUGCCUGAUGAUGGAUUCGAAGUUUACGGCCAUCCCCCUAGGGAUGACUACACGCAAGCACAUGGAAUGAUCGGUUACGGCGGCGAGGAAGAAAGCGUGGAUCCACGCUACAGGUACGACACCAGCCAGCCCCCGUACGAGGUGCCAGAACCAGAGGAGUUUAUUGCUCCACCAAGCCCUGAAGGGCCGCCGCCGCCUCCUCCAGCUCAUCGAAGUAGAAAUGCGAUCCAGCAUGUUAGUUCCACACCUGCCAUGACCUCCCAUGCCAGCUACGAUUUCCCCUCGGAUCCGAGACCCCAAAAUCAAUACGAAACACCGCCACGCGACAUGCAUCGUCAAUCGAUGCCUACAUACUCACGUCCUGAUCUCUAUCAAGCCUACAGUCCUUCAGCCAACGAUCAAUUUCGACAGGCUGCUGAUGGAUAUGGCUAUGAUCAACCACAACCUCGACAUCACUCAUCAUAUAAUAGUAAUUAUGGGUCAAUGCAGCCCACGGUUGAAGAUGCACCUCCAACCCCAGCACCUGGCAGUUACUCGGGACAUCGUGACAUUGGAUCACGUGCUCCGCAAUAUGAUUUAGUAAGAUACGAUCCUGCUGCAUCUCCUACGCCUCUUAAUCUGAGUCGACGUGGAAGUGCUGCACCUGGAAGUAAUGGCGUUGCGGCCGGUCAGAGUGCCCAAUACUCUGGCAAUUCGAACGGAUACGGAUCCAAUUCAUCAUUCAGAGACCCUAUAUCCUCGGUUUCGCCGCAAGCCUCUUAUAAUCCGCUUCCGCAACAAAACCAGAUGCAGAGAAGACAAUCCGAGGAUCGAAUAGGCAGGUCCUCAGACGCCUACAGCCUACCCCAAAUACCUCCAACGCUCGUACCCGGGAUGGAUCCUGCUAUCGCGCAAGAGAUCUCUGAUAGGAUAUACGCAGAGAAGAGAGCAAGUCAAGCGCUUGUGAGUUCUCCACGUGGUAGAUAUGACUCGCCACAGUAUCAACAAUCUCGGCCUCACCCUCUCUCAUACCAUGAAGCCACAGCGCCUCCUGCGGCCCCUGCGCCAGCAUACGACGAUCAUCAAAGCCGCUAUGGAGCUGGAUCAACCGCACCGCUUGUCAAACCUCGAGCGAUUUCUCCAGAUCCUCGGACCCCCGCUCGGAAAUCUGUCAGUCCAUCUCCAGGGCCUGCCCCGAAUGAGAGAAGACUAUCUGGCGUUCCAUUUGGCCCCGAUUCAUACAACGCCCUGAAUCCAGCUCUGGCUGAUUCAGCACCAUCCCCCUCACUCAGCGGGAGAUAUGACUCCAAACAGGUGGAUCAGGAUGAGAAAAUCAUUACUUACGACGGCAGAGAAAUCGAUCCUAGUGAUCAUAUCCCAGAAUCGAACUAUGCACCGCUUCAUGAAACAAAGGGGCCAAAAUAUGCUUCUCAACUACCAGAUCGCAACUAUCGACCUCCGCCUAGCUCAACAACAGGGCGUAAACAACUUAGACUGGCUGGACGACCCCACUCGAUGUCUGCGUCCUCGCCUAUCUAUAUGAACAACAAUCCACCAGAUCCCACGACCCCGACCGCUCGUAAUCGUUUGCAAAAGAAAUCGAACCGGAUGUCGGCCCAACCAGCCUCGUACUCAAGUCCUUUGGCGCCUAUCACGCCUUAUCAAGACAACACAUACGCCCCCGGAAGUCUCCCGAGGCAAAAUCCAGGCGAGUACUCAAACGAGAAUUACGCACCACAGAGUUACGGGAGCAGCCCCGGAUACCGUGGUUCUCCUGGGGGGCCUCCUCCCCCUGCAAAAGUCCCUAUUGGCUCGUAUACGCAACCUCCGCAGGCGAAUGGUGGCGAUCCAUGGGCACUAUUGGAGGAGAUCAAGAAUAUCGAUCUGGGCACAGGGCGGGCGAGACGGAGAGGAUAA